CGCUGCCCUCAUCAUGGCAUCUGCUCUCACCGUCCUCCUCCUCGGCUGCUGUCUGGCCGGGCACAGCGGGGUGUGGGGACAGCCCAGCUACCCCAAACCCACCAUCUCUGGUAUCCCCAGCGCGGGGGUUUCCUUGGAGGGAUCCGUGGGCAUCUGGUGUAAGAGGCAGCACCAGGAUGUGCGGUUCAUGCUGUAUAAAGAUGGACGCCACAUCCAAAGUGUGGAUGCGAACUCACAGGCUCUGUUUCUCAUCAACGUGAGCCGGGAGCAAGGCGGGAACUACAGCUGCUCCUAUCGCAGCAGAUCGGAGCCGUUCACAAUGUCAGACCCCAGUGACCCCGUGGAGCUGGUGGUGAGAGAUCCCAGUUUACCCGGACCCUCCAUCUCUCUGAGCCCCACUGGGGUCGUGGCCUCAGGGGCAGACGUCACCAUCCGGUGUCAGGGGCAGCGCCGGGACGUGAGGUUCUUUGUGCACAAGGCUGAAGACCGGAACCCGCAGCAAAACAUGGACCCUGCUGGGGAUGGGGCCGAGUUCCACAUGCCCAGUGUGGGCCGGCAGCACGGAGGGAGCUACAGCUGCAGCUACCGGCGCCCAUCAGAGCCCUUCGUCUCCUCGCAGCCCAGCGACACCGUGGAGCUGGUGGUAGUAGAUCCCAGCUUACCCAGACCCAACAUCACCCUGAGCCCCACUGGGGUCACCCCCACAGAGGCAGACGUCACCAUCCGGUGUCAGGGGCAGCGCCGGGACGUGAGGUUCUUCCUGCACAAGGCUGGAGACCUGAACCCGCAGCGACACAUGGACCCUGCUGGGGCCGGGGCCGAGUUCCGCAUCCCCAGCGUGGGCCGGCAGCACGGAGGGAGCUACAGCUGCAGCUACCGUCCCCAGUCACAGCCCUUCAUCUCCUCGCUGCCCAGUGACCCCGUGGAGCUGGAGGUGGCAGAGCCCACUCUGCCCGAGCCCUCCAUCAGCCCCAGCGGGGAGGUCUCCCUGGGGGGAUCUGUGUCCGUCCUGUGUCAGGGGCUGCACCCAGGCGUGCGGUUCGUGCUGAAUAAAGGGAGACGCCAUGUUGCACACGUGGAUACGGAGAAGUUGGAGUUUGUGUUUCCCAUCAACAACGUGCAGCGGGAGCAGGGCGGGAACUACAGCUGCUCCCAUCACAGCAGAUCGUUCACCGAGUGGAGCGACUCCGUGGAGCUGGUGGUGAGAGGAUAAGGACCAGCCCCGAGACAGAGCAGAUGAGACCCCAGCUCUGCUCCCCACCCUGAUCUACCUGCGCUAGGAUUCAGGACUCCUGCUUUCUCUCCCCCGCUCAGGGAGGGGAGUGGGAUCUAAUGGGUAGAUAAGGGGGGCUGGGAGUCAGGACUCCUGGGUUCUCUCCCCGGCUCGGGAUGGGAAGUGGUGUCUAGUAGUUACAACCGGGUGGUGAGGAGGUUUUAAUGUUGUACUUUUUAGUUAGGUUGAUUCUCAUUAGUUGAUAAUCAUGAAAAACGGUUAAUUGGCAACUCAAUAGAGUCUUUAUGCUAAAUCUGGUGCUUUUUCUGUUGCUAACCAUGAUGGCAAACUAUAGCUGUGCACAUUGAUUUCAGCAGUUCUAUGGAGUAAUUUACAUUUCUUCUAAUUUUUACAUUUUGAUUAUGUUGGAAAAUGGCAAAUGAGUCAUUUAUUUCCUAGAUGAUGAUGAUGGUUUUUUACUUCUGAUUUGUCCAAGCUCUGUUUGGAUGGAAAUUCAAAUGCACAGAAACAGCAUUUUCAAUAUGUUUAUUAAUUAAAUAAAAUGUCAAAGUCAGACUCAGGA